AUGGAGGAGUCCAGUGUCACGACAGAUGCGCCUUCGGGCUCACAGCUGCGCCAGCCCAAGAAGAGAUUUGUCGGCCGACGAACCGCCCAGGCCCGGGACUCGCCCGGCUCAACCGAUGUUGAGUCGUCAACGGCCGUCCAGAAAGAGAUUCUUAACGACCCCGAGAUCCAAGCUGCAAUCGAGCUACUACCCAAAAACUACUCUUUCGAAAUCCCAAAAACCAUUCACCGCGUGCGCUCGUCAGGCGCCAAGCGCGUGGCCCUUCAAUUCCCCGAGGGCCUACUGAUUUUCGCCACGACCAUCUCCGACAUCCUCACCCAAUUCUGCCCAGGCAUCGAGACCCUGAUCAUGGGCGACGUCACCUACGGAGCCUGCUGUAUCGACGAUUACACCGCGCGGGCCCUGGGCUGCGAUCUGCUAGUCCACUACGCGCACAGCUGUCUGAUCCCCGUCGACGUCACAAAAAUCAAAACCCUGUAUAUCUUCGUCGACAUCAGCAUCGACACAGACCACCUUAUCGCAACUCUCGAGCGAAACUUCCAGCCAGGCAAGACCAUCGCCACCGUCGGCACAAUCCAAUUCAACGCCACGCUGCACGGCCUGAAACCCGUCCUCGAGCGCGCGGGCUUCCGCGUCGUCAUCCCGCAAAUUACACCGCUAUCCAAAGGCGAAAUACUAGGCUGCACGUCCCCCCAACUUUCCGACUCGGAAAUCGAUAUCCUUCUCUACCUCGGCGACGGCCGCUUCCAUCUCGAAUCAGCCAUGAUCCACAACCCCUCCAUUGCCGCCUACCGCUACGACCCGUACUCGCGCACCCUCACCCGCGAGUCCUACGAGCAUGAAGAGAUGCACACCCUCCGUCGCGACGCGAUCAACUCUGCGAAAACAGCACGCAAAUGGGGGAUUAUUCUCGGAUCGCUCGGGAGACAGGGAAACCCGCACACGAUGGCGAUGAUCGAGAACCAUCUGCACGAGCGCGGCAUCCCGGUCGUCAAUCUAUUGCUCUCGGAGAUUUUCCCGGGCAAGUUGGCUGCCAUGUCGGAGGUCGAGUGCUGGGUACAGAUCGCCUGUCCCCGUCUGAGUAUUGAUUGGGGGUAUGCAUUCCCGCGGCCGCUGCUGACGCCGUAUGAAGCGCUGGUCGCGCUUGGUGUGCGUGAGAAUUGGGAUAAGGCGAACAAGGGCGUGUAUCCGAUGGAUUUCUAUGCGAAGGAGGGUUUGGGGAGGACGAAGCCGGAGCAGGCGUUGAGUGGUGCGGCUUGA